AAGAAAACGGACCAAAGGGUUUUUAACCAUAACUGUACCUUUUUUCACACAAUUUACGUAUUUUCUUAUCUAAGUUGAAUGCACCAUCUUGAACCCGACCCCUCCUCCAAAUGGGAUUGUUGAUUCAAUUUAAGCGAAAGAAAUUGAAAAGCGUUUUUGGAUCCACAAAGUGCUCUAAUUUUGGCAAUUGAUUCGUUGUGAUAUCUACAAUAUUAUCAAUUGAACUCUUAAUUAAACGCCGAGGCCUUCGCGCCUGCGCUGUUUUAAAUGGCUCUGGAAUUGGGGAACUCUUAACGGCCAAGAGUGAAAAACCCAGACCCCAUCGGACCAACCUUGUCAACUCGGCUGCUCAGUUGUCGCUCGCACACGCGAUCGCCCGGUUGACAAUUUCAGAGCCCUCCAACGUUUUAUUGCCUAUAAUUUUCCGGCCAGCUGUGCGUAGUAAUUAAGUGGAAACUCGGUGGAAAAUUAUCUCUUCUUUGACGAAAAGCCAAAGUCAACAAACAACAGAGUCUUUUCCUUUACGCACACCGUCGGCUUAAUGCAUUUCUAAUUACCAGUUUCUGUCCCCUUUACGCCCGUUAAAAAGACUUUCUCUUUUACGUUGACACAUUUCUGGGCCCAUAUUUACUCGCCUCAUCGAUCAAAAGUGCGUGGGCGUGUUAUUUUUGAAACGAAAAUUUGUUGUGAAAACAAAACUAACCUUGGUCCCUUUUGUGCUGGCCAAAACAAUGCGGUCUGACUGCAUUCCAAAAAUCCAAGUGUACGAAACUGCAGUCCAAAGUUACGUUUUGACUAGUUUGUCAGCGAUUUUUGAGCCCGAAAAGUGAAGUUGCCGUCAUAAUGGCCUGCCUCUCGGACAUUGAUUUGGCCACCUUGCACGAGAAUCGCUUGGAGCAGCGCUGGCACUACGGAUUGCCCAAUGGCCAGCAUAUUUACGACCACCACCACGACGGCUUCAGUCCCAUGACCCGUUACUGUCUGGAGCGGAGUCUGCAGAGGAAGGUGCAGCCGGAUCAGAAGGGGAGUGGUGUGGAGCGGGGUCGGGCCAGGGAUAAUGCCAAUGGCAGUGGAUCGGCAUCAGGUGGGCAACGCAGACGAUCCGGCACCUGGCCGCGCACUCGCAGUUUGAAUGCUCCUUCGCCUGUCCAGCAAUUCGGACCAUGUGGACGCAUCAUGAAGAACUCGGCCAUGGUCAUGCAGAUCCAGGAUCCGGCUAGUCAGCGCCUCACCUGGUACAAGCCACCUCUCACCGUCCUGGUGAUCAAGAAGGUCAGCGAUGCCUCGGUUCUGGCGCCCUUUGUCCAAUUGGUGGAAUGGCUGCUGGAGGAGAAGUGCAUGGUGGUCUGGGUGGAGUCGGCGGUGCUGGAGGAUGCGCUACUCAACGAGGAUGUGCGAUUCAAGGCCAUUCGGGAUAAGCUGGUGACAUUCAAAGAUGGCCGCGAUGAUCUGACCGAUCGGAUAGACUUCAUUGUCUGUCUUGGAGGCGAUGGAACUUUGCUGUACGCCUCCCUGCUCUUCCAGCAAUCUGUGCCUCCUGUUAUGGCCUUCCACUUGGGCUCCCUGGGCUUCCUCACACCCUUUCGCUUUGAUAACUUCCAAGAGCAAUUGACCAGUGUACUGGAGGGCCACGCUGCCCUAACGCUUCGCAGUCGUCUGCGCUGUGUGAUGCAUCGCCGGGCGGAUAGGAAGCAUGAGGCAAAGACUCUAGAAGUAGACCCAGAUGGAGACGCUCGACCGGCGUCCAACAGCAUCCUGGUACUUAACGAGGUUGUCAUCGAUCGAGGACCCUCGCCGUAUCUCAGCAAUAUCGACUUGUUCCUGGACGGCAAGUACAUCACAUCGGUGCAGGGAGAUGGUCUGAUUGUGUCUACGCCCACGGGAAGCACAGCAUAUGCAGCAGCAGCUGGUGCCUCCAUGAUCCAUCCCUCCGUACCGGCCAUUAUGGUGACUCCCAUCUGCCCGCAUUCGCUGAGCUUCCGACCUAUCGUGGUGCCAGCAGGGGUCGAACUGAAGAUCUCAGUUUCCCCCGAGAGCCGCAACACCUCGUGGGUGAGCUUCGAUGGACGCAACCGACAGGAACUCUUCCAUGGCGACAGCCUCCGCGUGACCACCUCCAUCUAUCCCGUGCCCGGCAUCUGUGCCCAGGAUCAGAUAUCCGACUGGUUUGCCUCCCUCGCCGAUGGACUGCACUGGAAUGUGCGCAAGCGGCAGAAGUGCCUCGACGAGCUGUCGGAUCUCACGGCUUCCGGAUCGGAGGACACGCUGGACGAGAUCGAGAACAUGAAAUUGUAUGAUGUGUAGUGCGUAAGUCCCUGUUGCUAAUCGUAGCCGUAGGUUAGUAGUACUCUUUGUCCUUUGCCCUUGCGAAAGUCUUUUUAUUUAGUGUGUAAUUUACGAUUAUUUUCCAAGUAUCAAAUUAAAACAAUUUGUUAACCACAUUUCGCCAAAUGUAACAGAAAAGUUUCAUAGUUUGUACUCCUUGCAAUCCCAAAGCUCCUAAAAUGGGUAUAAACUAUUAAGUAAUGCUGAAAUAUUGUAAAUUUCUGCUAGAUAUAUAUAAAUGCUGCUAGUAAAAACUUAAUAAAUUGUUUAAGAGAACAAACCUCGAAUCUUUGAAAAACAAAUU